GCCUGCGCAGCUGUCACUUUGUGCUCUACGCGAAACGUGGGUGAUGUAACUCGUCGUAACCUCAAAUUCGGAGCCGCGCUAUGCUAAUAUUUGAUUAAUAAUAAAUAAGUUGUAAUUAUAUAUAAUAUAAUAAAGUGCAAUAAAUAUAUUGCGUGAUUGAUAUUUAUAUCUAUUUAUUCGUAUCGCGUCAGUUAUCUAACGAUGACAGUAAAGAAUGAAAAAUCGGACGGAGGAAGAAGAGACGGGGGUGAUACUGCCAGAGAAACAAUCACUGUGAAUAACGAUAAUGAUUUAUGGGGAUCCGACAUGUAUCCCGAAAGGAGAGGAGCUAAACAAACAUACGGCUGGUUUAAAUGGUUAAUCGGAGUUGCUGGACGAGAAUCGAUAGAUAAAACCAGAUGCGAAGCUAAUGUUUAUAAAUGCAUAAAAGACAGUCCUAUAGUAAAACUCAUGGUCGCAGCAUUGAAGAGUUCUGGAUGUGAAAUUGAUAUUAGACGACAUAUUUGCUGCGAAGUAUGCAGUCCAGUUGUAACUGGUGGAUAUGAUUCAGAAUUAAAUCAGGUAGUUAUUUGCCAAAACAUGGCGCAUAGUGAACACAUAGUUCGUGGUGUUCUCUUACAUGAAAUGAUUCAUAUGUUUGACUAUUGUCGUAAUAAAUUAGAUUUAAAGAAUAUCGAUCAUCUAGCCUGUACAGAAAUCAGAGCAGCAAAUCUCGGUCAUUGUAGUUUUAUCAGUUCAAUGCUGCAAGGCGAUUCGUCUUUUAUUAAUAUAAAAGCCACUCAUCAGGAAUGUGUGAAACAUAAAGCUAGGUUAUCAGUAAUGGCUGUGCACAAAGUAUCAGCAGAGGUAGCAGAAGCAGCCAUAGAAAGAGUGUUCACAAAGUGUUACAAUGAUCUGGAACCAAUUGGCAGGAGAAUUCGUAGAAAUUCAGAUGAUAUGCCCAGAGCAUAUGCAGAAGCACAUCUAUAUGGGUAUAGUUAAUUUUUUAAAAAUUGUAUAUGAAAAGAUAUACAAAUUAGGUAAUUAGAUUGGAAAUAUAUGUACACAAUCACAAUCUGUUUGAUAAUAUAUUUAUCGAUACUUAUUAAUAUAGCAAUAUUAUAUGACAAAGGCUUUAUUUUAUUUACACUCAUUAUUAGUUUUUAAUAAAUUUUUCUGCAAAUUUAAGCAAAAAUAGUUAGGAGAAUAUAUAAUAUACAUUGCAAACAUAAUGCAAAUGUUUUUAAUAUAUUAGUGUGAAUAAAACUUAGGAAUCUACAAUGA